AUGACCGGAGAGUCAAUAAACUCAUUGACAGAAGAAUCCAUAAGAACAGAGCUCUACAAAUCAACCCAGAGACUCUCAAACUUAAAUCUAUUCCAAGCAGCAAAAUGGUGUGCAGAAGCUUUAAAUGGGUUGCCAAAACCAAUCCAACCAAUGUCUUAUCCUUCUCCAACUGAGAACGUUACCGAAAAUGAAAGAUUAGAUCAGGAUACGUUCCUACUCGCAAAGAUGUAUUUCAAUUGUAAAGAAUUCGAUCGGGCUGCUCAUGUGCUUCAAAAUUGUCAUAGUGGUGAUGCGAUGUUCUUGAGAUUAUAUUCAAUCCUAAUUUCAGUGGAUAAAUUGGCAACUGAAGAAACUGAUGGGUCUAUCAAUAUUGGAUUCGUGAAUACAAAUGAUGAAGCAAGUGAGAAUUCCACCAAGGAGACUAUUAAUUCUUUGAAUUCAAGACUAUCAAAAGUCUUAUUAGAAUCAGAAGAAUUUCUUAAACAGGAAGAGAAUCCGUUUUUAUAUUACCUAAGUGGAAUGAUCUAUAAUAAGAAAAAGAAGUAUCAACUAGCACAAACUAGUUUGUUCAAAUCUUUGGAAUUAUUUCCUUAUAAUUGGUCCUGUUGGCAAGAAUUAAUCGCAUCAUUAACUUCAUUUGAAGAAGCAAUUGGAUUCAUCAACAAAAUAAAAUCAAGCAAAAGCAAUCUAGCCGGUAAUAUCAUGUUUUUAUUCUUUGAAGUGGUCAUACUGCAAGAAUUCUAUCAUCAACUGACAUCAUUAUUCGAUACAUUAAACCUCCUAACCAAUCUAUUUCCCAAAUUCACAUUUUUAAAAGUCCAACAAUUCCUAAUAUCCUAUCAUAACCUCGAUUACUUCCAUGCCGAACAAAUAUUUGAUCAAAUCCUAAUAGAUGACCCGCUAAGACUCGAUGAUCUAGACACAUAUUCAAACAUGUUAUACGUGAUGGAAAAACGAUCAAAACUAUCAUUCUUAGCCCAAUUUGCAUCCCUGAUUGACAAAUUCCGUCCGGAAACAUGUUGUAUAUUAGCCAAUUAUCACUCCAUGAAAUGUGAACACGAAAAAGCGAUAAUGUAUUAUAAACGAGCCCUAACCCUCAAUAAAAACUGUUUAAGUGCUUGGACUUUAAUGGGUCACGAAUUCGUUGAGUUGAAGAACUCACAUGCGGCAAUUGAAUCAUAUCGACGGGCAGUUGAUAUCAACCCUCGUGAUUUCCGAGCCUGGUAUGGAUUAGGACAAGCUUAUGAAGUUUUGGAUAUGCAUUUGUAUGCGUUGUAUUAUUAUCAACGAGCAACUAACCUCCAACCAUUGGAUAAACGCAUGUGGCAAGCUUUAGGGAAUUGUUAUGAAAAGAUUGAUCAAUUACAAGAAGCCAAUAAGGCUUUUGAGAAGGCAUUGACGAUUAGUAAAGCGUCAACGGAACAAAAUGCUGAAUCGGAGGUUGUGAAUGUUGAACCUCAUAUAUGUUAUCGAUUGGCUAUGAUUGCUGAGAAAUUGGGGAAUAAGAAGGAUACUUUAAAGUAUAUGAAAUUAUGUUUUCAACAAGAGUUUGAUUGGGGUGUGAGUGAUGAAACUUCAAAGGCGAGAUUAUGGCUAGCUAGGUACUCGCUUGAACAUCGUAAGUUUAAGGAAGCAUAUGAGUUGGCGAGAGAAUUGCAUCAUAGUAACGCACAUGAUAUCGAAGAAGCGAGAGCAAUUGCACGAGAAGCUCGUAAUAGAAUGCUGAAAUAG